GUCCAAGAGACAGCAGUCACAGAAUCACAUUGGUGAGAUCAAUAUUUAACACGCUAUCUUAUCUACUAGUCGUGUGCUAGGCGACUCGGACCUUCUUGGCCAGACUUGGCACCGUACGCUCCCCACCCUUCGCGUGAUUUCCAUUUUGACCUGGAAUCAAUGUGUUGGAAAGAUAGAUGGGUUUGAAAUAAUCUACUUCCUCGCUCUCUUUUUCACUGUUGUAGUAAUAUGCUGUUGAUGCUGUUGUAGAAUGUCCGCCAGCCUAUUCUUACGAGCACGCCAGCGGCUGAAAGCAGUCAUUGCUGCCUUCAUCAUUCUCGCUGCAAUAACAGUAUUAUAUCUCUCGGAGGCUCACCUAUUCGAGCCUCACAUUGAGCGCGUUCCCAUUAAUUCACCCGCCGACCAACCCGUCUCCCUGAAUGACGAUACAGAUUCAAACGAUUGCUAUGUGGACCUCAACCUUUUACGAUCUUAUGGAUACAAUUCGUCAGCCGGAUAUGCACGAUGGGAGAUCGCAGUGAAACGGUCAAAGAGCUUCUCAGGAUUCUCCGACUCCAUAGACCUUCCCGUUCCGACCUUCGAAGCACUCCAACUAGACACCAAAGACAAGCGGAAGUCACUCCCCGACACUCAAUGCGCCCCAACAACCACGAUCCACGCGCCCGCCCCAAAAGCGCUGGUCGACGCAUCGCACAUGGUAUUCGGUGUCUCCACCUCCCUCGACCGACUAGACGACUCCCUGGACCAAUUCUCCCACUGGGCCGGAGGAACCAAUGCCCGCAUCUUCGCAAUGGUCGAUCUUGUCUCCGAGAAGGACAAGUUGGCGGUGCAGGAGCACGCACGCGAACUCGGCAUUCGGCUCACGAUAAUCCCCUCCAAGGAAGAAUGGCUAGACCGAUACUUCCACUUAACGAAGAUUCUCUGGCAAAGCCGCGAUUCUCACAUGCAGUGGGCGGUGAUCAUCGACGACGAUACGUUCUUCCCGUCGAUGUCGAACUUAGUCGACCGACUGGCCACCUACGACGCGUCGCAACCAUAUUACAUCGGCGCGCCGACCGAGAAUCUCGAGCAAAUGGCGAGAUUCACGUAUAUGGCGUACGGGGGUGCGGGCAUCUUCAUUUCCAUUCCCUUGCUCGAGCAGAUAAACGAGCAUUAUGAUGAGUGUUACGAGUACAAGGACACUGGGGAUAAGCGGGUAUCGCAGUGUAUCUACCAGCACACCACGACGAAGCUUACCUGGGACCGGGGACUCUUUCAGAUGGACCUGGGCGAGGAUGUAACGGGGUUUUAUGAGUCCGGGCGCCCGUUACCGCUUUCGUUGCAUCAUUGGAAGUCGUGGUUUGCCGUGGAUGUCGUUGCGCUUGGGAAAUCGGCUGCUAUCUGUGGGGAUGAUUGUCAGCUUCGGCGGUGGCGGAUAUCGGAUACAUGGUUUCUUGUUAAUGGGUUUUCGGUUGUGGAGUAUUCGUCGCCUAUGACGGACAUGAUUGGGAUGGAGCAGACGUGGGAUCCGAGUCCCGAGGCCCGGGAUAAAUGGUAUGCGUUUAGUUUGGGGCCGUUGCGUCCCAAGGACGAGGAGAAGGUGUCGCUUCGGAUGAGGAGCGCGAUUUUAGAUGGGCGGAAACUGAGACAGAUUUAUGUCUAUGAGCCGGGCGAGGAUAGUCCCCCUCGGAUAUUGGAGGUGGUUUGGACCGUGAGCGACUAGAGAUCGGAUCUUUUCAACCUUUUCCCUGUUUUCUUUGUCUAAGUGAGAUGAUUCCUGUGUAUGAUAAGAGGUUUUUGCGGACUAGGUUUCUGUAUAGAUUUGCUCGAAUAUGGCGAUUACCGGGUUUGACUGUCA